CGGCUGCAAAACGUCCAACUCGUGGCCCUCGUCCGACUGCCACGCUUGCGCAAGCGAGGAAAGAGCAAGGACAGAGGAGAGAGAGCGAGAGACGGGGGGAGGAAGGGAGAGGCUGUGGUGAGUGGCACAGGCCCCCCCGAUACGGAAGCCGGUCCUGUUCUGGUGUCCGGGCGUGUGGGGGUGCGGGUUUCGGUCGUGGAGAGAGUGCGAUCGAUGGGGAAGGAGACGACGGUCGUGGGGACGGCGGUGGCCGUGUGCGCCGCGGCCGCGGCGGCGGUAGGCGUGGCGGUGGCCGUGUCGCGGAGGAAGAGCAGGCGGGGCGCCAAGGCGGAGAGGCGGAAGAAGGCCGCCGAUGUGAUUGAGGAGGUGGACCGGGCGUUCGCGACGCCGACGCCGAUGCUGCGCGACAUCGCCGACGCCAUGGUGGAGGAGAUGGAGCGCGGGCUGCGCGCCGACCCCCACGCCCCGAUCAAGAUGCUCAUCAGCUACGUCGACAACCUCCCCACCGGGGACGAGCAUGGACUGUUCUAUGCACUCGAUCUUGGUGGGACCAACUUUCGUGUUAUAAGGGUUCAGCUUGGAGGAAAGGAGAAGCGUGUUGUCCAACAAUAUGAAGAGGUGGCCAUUCCACCUCAUCUGAUGGUUGGGACUUCUAUCGAACUAUUUGAUUUCAUCGCCGCUGAGCUGGAAAGAUUUGUUGCGACUGAAGGGGAUGAUUUCUACUUACCGGAGGGCAGACAGAGAGAACUGGGUUUCACCUUUUCUUUCCCAGUAAACCAGACCUCAAUAUCUUCAGGGACCCUUAUUAAGUGGACAAAGGGAUUUUCCAUCAAUGGCACGGUUGGGGACGACGUUGUGGCUGAAUUGAGCAGGGCUAUGGAGCGGCAGGGGCUUGAUAUGAAAGUUACAGCUCUGGUUAAUGAUACUGUAGGCACAUUGGCUGGCGGGAUAUAUGAUGAUAAGGAUGUCGUUGCUGCUGUGAUAUUGGGAACUGGCACAAAUGCAGCGUAUGUGGAGCAUGCAAAUGCAAUUCCAAAAUGGAACGGACUACUACCUAGAUCAGGAAACAUGGUAAUCAACAUGGAAUGGGGAAACUUUAAGUCAGACAAGCUUCCUCAUUCCGAGUACGAUAGGGCCUUGGAUUUUGAAAGUUUGAACCCUGGGGAGCAGAUAUAUGAGAAGAUGAUUUCUGGCAUGUAUCUUGGAGAGAUUGUGCGAAGAAUCUUGCUUAAGCUGGCUCAUGAUGCUUCAUUAUUUGGAGAUGUUGUUCCUCCAAAAUUGGAGCACCUAUUUGCACUGAGGACACCGGAUAUGUCAGCCAUGCAUCAUGACACCUCACAUGAUCUCAGAUUCAUGCUGUCUAAACUGAAGGAUAUCCUGGGGGUUGCUGAUAUUUCGCUGGAAGCAAGAUACAUUACUCUUCACAUCUGCGACAAGGUCGCAGAGAGAGGUGCACGCUUAGCUGCUGCUGGUAUAUAUGGCAUUCUAAAGAAGCUGGGCAGGGACAGAGUGCCGAGUGAUGGUAGUCCAAAGAAAAGGACAGUCGUUGCUGUAGAUGGUGGUCUGUUCGAGCACUACAAGAAGUUCAGCUCCUGCGUAGAAGCGACACUAGCAGACUUGCUCGGCAAGGAGGCUGCCUCAUCUGUUGUCGUCAAGAUGGCCAAUGAUGGCUCUGGCAUUGGUGCUGCACUUCUUGCAGCCUCGCAUUCCCAAUAUGCUAUUGCCGAGUAGUCCUAGGAGAGGGACUGAGCUCCUUGCGCAGCUUCUUGUUUUCCUCCUUUAUUUUGCCGUUUCUCUCUACUGAGAGUUCUUCCCCUCUUGCGGUUCGCGUCUUCUUUUGCUAUUCUGCAGACACAUAAGGACAUAAUCAGAGCCUGUGCAGCGGGAUAUAUAUAACUAGUAUAGAGCCAAUGAGUUCCAGAAUUCGGAGCUUGGAGUAUGUCAAAUGGAAAAGGCGUUUGCAACUGCAUGAAAGUGGAAAAGGAGGUCAGAACGAUGUCGUUCUUUUCCUGCCAAUUCUUUUUCCCCUAAACCUGUAAUUUUCUAUUGCGAUGCGGUAUCGCAAACUAAUAUCAGAUCUGCAUGUAAUCUUUUGUAAUUCAGAAUAAGAGGGCUGUAUAAUCCAAUACUUGGUAUUUCUUCUGCUCAAUUGGUCA